GCCAUCUUGAGGACACCCCAAACGCAUCGCUUGUCUGGCGGCGGGCGGUUGAUAAACCGUCUCCAGCUCAUCAUGAAGGGAUUAUUCACCUUCAAAUAACACAGCACAGUCUCAGUUUCAGGUUACCAGACUUACAGGGAAGGCGACAAAAGAGCUGGACAGCGACAUUUCAUCGCUGCUGGUUGCUUUUUUUUUUUUCUUUUUUUUUUUAAACGAGGGCGGCGGCGCUUGUAGCCCGAUGGCCGGUUAGCUUGCUCCUCGCUGGACUCCGCCGCGGCCUGCUCGGGAGGAGGAAGGGUGGUGACGGCGCAAAAUGCUCCGCCGCUGACUGCCUCCCAAACAACAUACAUACACGCAGUCCUGCUACCUUAGCAACACAGACUCAACGAGAGCGAGACGGCCACCACGAUGCACUUAUAGAUUUCAGUUUACAACGUCGUUAACUUUGCGGGUUUAUUUUUCUUUGGUUGUUUUUGUUGCGUGAAGCGAACAGCCAGCCGGAGACGGCAUCAUCAUGUCAUCCAACUGCACCAGCGCGGCGGCCGUCAGCGCCAGCAAAACCAAGACGAAAAAGAAGCAUUUUAUAGGACAGAAAGUGAAGCUGUUCCGAGCAAGCGAGCCCAUACUGAGCGUGUUGAUGUGGGGAGUCAAUCACACGAUUAAUGAGUUAAGUAAUGUGCCUGUACCUGUGAUGCUGAUGCCAGAUGACUUUAAAGCCUACAGUAAGAUCAAAGUGGACAACCACCUAUUUAACAAAGAAAAUCUACCGAGUCGCUUUAAGUUUAAAGAGUACUGUCCCAUGGUGUUCCGAAACCUGAGGGAGCGCUUCGCCAUCGACGACCAGGACUACCAGAACUCCCUGACCAGGAGUGCCCCGCUCAACAGCGACUCCCAGGGCCGCUUCGGCAACCGCUUCCUGACCAGCUACGACCAUCGCUUUGUAAUCAAAACUGUUUCCAGUGAGGACAUCGCUGAGAUGCACAACAUCCUAAAGAAAUAUCAUCAGUUCACAGUGGAGUGUCAUGGCAACACGCUGCUCCCUCAGUUCCUGGGCAUGUACAGGCUAACGGUGGAUGGCGUGGAGACGUACAUGGUAGUGACCCGGAAUGUUUUCAGCCAUCGUCUCACUGUGCACCGCAAGUACGACCUAAAGGGUUCUACGGUUGCAAGGGAAGCCAGUGACAAGGAGAAGGCUAAAGAGCUUCCUACUUUUAAAGACAAUGACUUCCUGAAUGAAGGGCACAAGUUAAAGAUAGGAGAUGAUAACAAGAAGUACUUUUUGGAGAAGCUAAAACGGGAUGUGGAGUUCUUGGCCACACUCAAGAUCAUGGACUACAGCCUACUGGUAGGCAUCCAUGAUGUGGAGCGGGCGGAGCAGGAGGAGAUGGACGUGGAGGGCGCCGGGGACGAGGAGGAGUUUGAGAAUGACGAAAUGGGUCGAGGCGUGCUGACUGGUUCUUUCGGCACGCCUCCGGACAGUCCAGGAAACCCCCUCAACUGUGGAGGAUUCUUUGGCCCUGGGGAGUUCGACCCCUCUGUGGAUGUUUACGCAAUCAAGAGCCACGACAGUGCUGUGAAGAAGGAGGUUUACUUCAUGGCUAUUAUUGACAUCCUCACGCACUAUGACGCUAAGAAAAAAGCUGCACAUGCUGCCAAAACUGUGAAACAUGGGGCAGGGGCCGAGAUCUCGACGGUGAACCCGGAGCAGUACUCCAAACGGUUCUACGAGUUCAUGUCCAACAUCUUAUCAUAGACUCAUCCUCCAGUCCACCCGGUCACCUCCAGUCAUAGAUCAGUCAAAAGCCACACUUUUUUGUCUGUGUGUAGGUCUGUCUCCCCCCUUAAAAAAAUAAAAAUAAAAACAAAAAACAAAACAAGCAUCCAGUAUGAUCCAACAACCUGCAGCGGUUUUGCAGGGAGGUGUAUGGAGGGGAAAUCCUUUGAGCCUGUUACACAACGCCACCACUUCCUCACUUUGUGAAUUCAAAUCCCAGUAACCUCCUUGUCCUUUUUUUUUUAUAUAUAUACUUUUUUUUCCCCCUUAAAAGUCUACUCUCUGCAACAUCUUGUUUGCUCCACACGCCAGCACGAAAACUGUCUCACUAAUGCCUUGAAUGGGAGUGUCAGCUUCAGCAGUUACUAUGUCCGUCAGUUUAGAGACUCCUCUGUUUCUGUUCACGCAGUUCUUUUAUGAUUUCUCUUUUGGACAAACAGGUGCAGAAUGGCCAGAUUGCAUGACAAACUCCUCUGAAAGCAGCCACCAGGCUUCUCAAACGAUUUACAUGUACUGCUGACAAAUUGGAGAUUAACACAUUAAUAUAUCAGUGUAUAAAGUAAACGAAUGCAGUGUCAAAAAAGAAAAAAAAAAAAAUGCAUGGCUGACAUGUACAUGAGGCUCCAGCACCAGUUGUAAGAUCAAACCACUUAACUUUGCAUCAGAGUGUUGUGACUAAACCAACAAAAAGGAUUAAAAAACAGUUUGAAUGUUAUGUUGCCAUAAUGUCUCGGGAUAUUAAAAAAAAAAAAAUUUACCCCGUAAGUUUGGUGGAGGUUGGUUGGUGUAAGGAAAAACAAACUCACGUGAAACAAAAAAGGGCAAUUCUGCAGCAAAUACUUGUUUUAUUACCAUAAUGAUCAUUUUUAUAUCUUGUUUACAUUAAUGUAGCAAUUUUGUGUUUGUAUACAGUAUUGUUUUGUUACCAACAGACGUUAGGAAAAAAGGUUACUUGAAAAAUGACUCAUUGCAUAUUAAAGGGAGUUUUAUCUUGU